GCAAAGGUAACAGAGAGACCGGGGGCUCUAUAAAGAUCCACUUUGUCCUCGCGGUCCUCUCUCUGCUUUUUACAUUUUUUUCGGUCUCUCUUGUUUUCACCAGCACGCACCAAAAUGCCCAGCAAGAGAAAGAAGAACCAGCGUCGCAUGAGGAGGGUGCAGGCCCAGAGGAGAGCCCUUGAAGAGGAGCAUGCAAACGACCCGCCAGCCAAAGCGAGUCCUGGGAUUGCAGUUAGUGCGCCCCCUGCAGCAAUCUCAAAGAAAGCAGCCAAAACUCCAGCACCAGUAAAGAUCCCAGUGGCAGUUCCGAUUGUUGUUCCCACUGUGAAGAUCCCCAUCGUUAAACCAGAACCAGUUGUGAAAGAGCCGGUCUCGGUGCCUGUCGCAGAGCCUGUCCCGGUCCCGGUGCCUGUGGAGGAGCCGGUCUCGGUGCCUGUCACAGAGCCCAUCGCAGUUGAGGUAGUGGUGCCAGAGACGGAGGCUGUGGUGUUGGAACAGACUCCAGCAGAGGUCAAGGUUGAAGUCCCAGCCCCGGUCACUGAAGAACCACCAGUUGUUGAGGCUACAACUGCAGAGCCCCCCAUAGUUGAAGCCGCGAUAGUGCAAGAGGCUGAACCUAUCAUUCCUGAACCAGAACCAGUGACGGAGGCCAUACCCCCAGCUGAGGCUCCAGUAGCAGCCCCUGUUGAGAUCGAGAUUCAGACAAAGGAGAAUAUAAUCGAAACCACAGAGACUGAACAGACGUAUGAUGUCUGCGAGCCAGAGACCAUUGAGACCGAGGUGGCUAUCACAGAGGAUAUCGCCACACCAGAGCCCGUAACUGAAACAACUGAAGAACCAGCGGCUGAAGCACCUACAUGUGACCAAGUUCCUGCUGAGGAAGUGGUUACAGAAACACUGGUGCAAUCAGUGGAGGAGGUUGUUGCAGAGAUACCUGAGCCAGAACAGGAGACUGAAGCUGUCGCCAGUCCUGCAGCCCCAGCUGAGGAUGAAGAUGAUGAAGCUGAAAUAGAAGUCCUCGCUGAGCCUGUUGCUCUCACAGAGGAUGCUCCUGCCCCAUGUGUGGAAAUCCCAGUGGUGCCAGACACCGUCCCCGAGGCUCUGAUAGAAGAGGCUGAAGCCCUCAUAACUGAAGUCAAAGAGAGCUUUGCUGACACCAUGGUUGAUGACUUUGUUGUCACAGAAUCUCUCUCAGCAGCGGAUGUCGCCAUUGCAGAGUCUGCUGCUGUCCAGCCGGAAAUUGUGGAAGUGAGUAACACCGAAUCAGAAUUUAUGGAUGUGAUGCCCGCUGCUGAGCCUGUUGCUGAGCCUGUUGCUGAGCCCGUUGCUGAGCCUGUUGCUGAGCCCGUUGCUGAGCCUGUUGCUGAGCCCGUUGCUGAGCCCGUUGCUGAGCCUGUUGCUGAAGUUGUUGCUGAAACUGUUGCAGAGCCUGUUGUAGAGGCUGUUGCUGAAACUGUUGCAGAGCCUGUUGUAGAGGCUGUUGCAGAGCCUGUUGUAGAGCCUGUUGCUGCCCCUGCAGAGGAAAUUGACACCAGUGCUGAGCAGAUAUGUUUGGAGGUGCUGUCAGAAGAGCCUAAGCUAGAAAUCUGCCACCUACCAUGUCAGAUGCAGCUCGCUGUGGAGUCUGUGCAACUCAGCUCAAUUGAGAUGUCAGUGGAGGCGUCGCUGAAUGGACACAUUGCUCCAGAGGUCUCCAUUGAGGGCUAGAUUCACAUCAUACAACUCAGAAGAUCUUUUUUGUCUUCAUUCCCCUUUAGCCAUUUGGAGGACUCAAAGCUUUACAGCUGAUCUUGUUCAUUUUUUAGGGCUUAAGCAUGGAAAUCUAAAAAGGACAUCCACACUUUGAAGUGCCUUUCUGGCCCCGGUUCCUGUCUUAACACCAAACCAGAUGCCAAAAACCCGCUGCAUUCAAGGCAGCAGAACGGGCUGUUGUCACAAGUGUGCAGUAACGUUAACCAACACAUUGUGGCUACUUUUUUUUUAAAUCUGUAUUGUUCCCCAAAAACGCUUACAGUGAAUUUGCAUUAAGAGUGGAAGCAGCCGUCCUUGAGAGAUGGAGAUUCCAAAAACAAGAUAAAUGGCAGCGCCUAAUAUUUCUGUUCAUCUCUCCAGUACUUCGGCUUCAACACUGCAUACACUCAAUGCAGGUGAAAACUGUGGCGUCCAUGAAUGUGGCUAUAGUUGUACUUUGGCCUAUGUUCAUAUGGUGGGAGGGACUACUUGUUUUUUUUACAUUUUAAAGGCUCUUUUAACCCUCAAAGACACUCCCACAAACCUCUACAUAGCCCCCAUUUAGGUCCAUUUCUGUCCCCCAGUUCUCCUCUCUGCCUCAACUAAGUGCCAAUGCUAAGAUUAGUGUGAUGCUAGAGUUUUAGGUUUUAUGGCCACUGGAACGUGGCAGUCUGAGGGGAUGAGCUAAGGUUUUUUUCUUUUUUUUCCUACACUUUUAAUUCAUUUUGUAUAGACCAUAUAAUGUGCUACAGUCUUGUGUUCAAAAUCUGUGCUCUGGAGGGGAAAUGUAAUGUGAUCUGGUGAAAAGGAUUACUAUUAAACUGAUGUUGGUCCAACUUUUAAAUAAAGCUGUAACUCAAUGUGA